UUCUGUUUCCCAAAGUGUUGUAUAUAUCAUUUAAUUGGUAUAUAUAUAACACUUUGGGAAAUAGAACACUCAGAUUGUCAAGUAAAUAAAUAUGAAAGAUGUAAAAACUUCCAUUUGAAAUCUAAAUGAGACAUUAAAACAAAAAUGUAAGUGCUGGUUUGAACUAUUAAAAAUCAGUCAAGUUAAAUUUAUGUCAUUGUCUCAAGUGUGGAUGUACAAAUCACAUUUAGAAUUCAGAGACAUACUUGUUAGUUUUGGAGAACAGGUUUGCUAUUUAUGCUUCUAAAUGCUUGUAAAUAUAUUAAAACAUUUCUGAAUUGCAGUUGUAUGGUGGGCGAAGGCAACCAUUUGCAUUCAGUUGCAUUUCAGUCAAUUGCAGUUGAGUCGAGUGGUCGCAGAAUGAUGCUGCAUUGAAAAAGAAAAUUGGAUCACCUAACAUGUUUUAUAUGUUUUAGCGCAUUUAGUGCAUUUUAUUUUAGCUCGUUAAAGCUCGUAGUGAUACAUUUUGACCUUGCUUUCUUUUCAGCAAGAGAUCAUGCCGUUUUUCUUCAUUUUUUAAUGUCUUAAUCUCAAAAGAAUAAUGCAUCCUAACCAUUCAUUUAAUCCUGUUGAUGUGAAUAGAUUUUGGUGAUUUGCUUGAAGAAUUUUAAGGAGGAUGGAUGCAUAGUUUUCCAACUGCAAAAAUGAUGUACUCUUUGUUCACUUGUUAAAUUGUAAUUCUCUGCUAUCACUUUUGAAUCCAGGACAGUGUUUAUUUUGAAUUGUUAUAUAGUUAUAUUAUUUAAAGUUUGAAAAUUCAUUGCAGUUAGGGAACACACAGCCUCACAAAAUAAACUGUGGUUGUGAUUGCAAGGUUCUUUAUGUCAAUGAGUUUUAAAAGGGGAUGGGGAAGGGGUGCAUGUCUUGCUAAAGGAUGUGUUAGAAUCACGUGUGUAGCACUGUAAAUAUAGACAUGUACCACCCCCAAACUCCAAGAUGCUAGUACACUUUCUUGACAAAGAACUUGUCAUAGUGAAGCACUGUUGAUGUUCCAUCCCUCAGUGUGUAUGUUGGGUAGCAAGAAAGGCUUAGGUGGCAACUAAGUGAUCUUACAAUUAUGCCUCCAUCCCUAGGAGACUAGUUGGCAUGAUCUCAGGCUUCUAAAUAUUUAAUUCCUAAUUUUGGAAAAUAACUGUAGUGGGUUAAAUCCAGAUAAUGCUGGGGGUUUUUUUGUUUGUUUACAGUUUUAAAUACUCAUUUUGAAUAAGUAUUAGAGGGUUAUAUCUUUGCCUGCCUACUGUAACUUAAGACUCAGUUUUUAUAGCCUUGUUUUUCACAUGGUAUCUGAUGAAUACUAUUAGAUUGUUUCAGUCUGGGGAGGAAAGCUGUCACCUAUCAAAAUUGUAGAUCGUGUAUUCUAUAUGGUGCAUAUAGUCAGUCAAUAAGUAUUUUGUACUGUUGAUAAGAAUGUUAAAAACAUUUCAGGUUAGCAAAAUAACAUUUAUAUUCCCAAAAGCAGAAACAAUAGAAAUGUUAAACAGUAACAACAUACGUACGUAUUAUCAUGUGCCAGACACUAUUUCUGAGAGCUUUUUAUAUGUGUUUCAUUUAGUCAUCACAUGGGCUCUGUGAGAUGAGAACUGUUAAUUAUACCAGCGUUGCCCAAGGUUGCUGCUAGGAAAUGGCAGAGCCCAGGAGCUGGACCUAGGUUUGAUCGUAUGUCUGGCUCCUAGCUUAUCUUCCAUAUUGCAGAUGGGCAUCAUUUUCUGUUUAUAAAUUUAUCAUUUAGUUUGUAUCUCAUUCACAUGAAAAAGAACUUAUGGCAAGCUAAAGUUAAAGAUAAUACACAAAGCAUCUCAAUAUGGAACUUGAAGCAUCUCAAUAUGGAACUUAAGACAUUUUUAUUGCCUUUAUACUACUUGCUGAUCACAGUUUUUAGUAGGAAGGGAUACAGGGAAGGUAAAGGCCGCUAUUCUGGAGUCUUAGUGAAUGUCUUACAUACUUUAAUGGGUAACAUGGAUAGAUGCUUUAUUUAAAUUCAAAUCUUGGGUUUUAAGAAACAUUUUACGUACUGCAUGCCUUUUCUAUACCACAUCAUUUAUUUAGCCAGAAGUAAGAGAAGACCUAAGAAUGACUGAAUUUAACAAGUAAUGAUACAGAGAUUGGUCAUGAAGCUAACUUAGGGAAACAUGAAUAGCUAGAAAAACUUGAAAGCCCAUUUAAUAAUUUUAGAAAUAGCAAAUUUGUAAAUGGGUCAUUUAAGUGAUUUGAUCCUUAGUAUUAGGGUCUAAGGUGAACCUCCAGUAAGCCAUGCCAAGAUAACUGUGUGUGAGGAGCUCAAAGUAAUCUUAGGAACAUUUUAGUCACAAUGAAAUUGUUGAAGUUCAGUAUUCAGGUAAAGUACAGUUCAAAUAAUACACGAAACUUUAGGAAUUUUUGCAGUGUGGGAAAAAUAACUUCUAAGUCUUAAAAUUCUUUCUGCAGUUGUGAUUCUUGAAUAAAUGCCUCAGCACAAUGUCUGGCAUGUGGUGGGUGUAGGCACUCAGUAAAUCCCAGAUGAAUGUGCUUAACGAUCACGAAGUGAUUUGGAAGAAAGUCUUAAAAAAAUUGAACUUCAUAAGUUAAAAUUUGUACUGCAUUAUCAGGAGUAUGACAGUAUUCAUGGAAUAAGGAUUAUAUUUUUUUUACUUUUGUAAAUGGAAAUCACUUGAUGUUUGGUUUUUAACUAGGUAAAAAGUGGGAAGUGUAGACCAGCUGCUGGGUUGUUCCAGAUAGUAUUAAAUGCUGAUUUUAAAGCCCUCUUGACUCACAACAUCCCAUGGAAAAAACUCAGACUAGUGAUAUAAAAAUUCAUGAUUCCACUUGGAGAUAAUGGGGUACAGGAAUUUGGGCACAGGUCUGUGUGAUUCCAAAACCGGUGCUUCUCUAAUGAGUGUUAAUGUGUCCCCAGUUGUUUUGGCAGACGAUGGGCAAAACUUUAUGAACUGAAUUUGCAUCUGAAAGGUGAUUUUCUUGAGGCAGUGUGCAAAAAUGCAGAGCGCCGUGGAGCCCAGCUGAGGAUGUGGCCGUUGCCGUGGGUGGAGGGGUCUGUGAGGAACGGAGGCCGUCACUGGAGGAUUAUAGGUUUUUCAGGUCAAACAGAAACCCUGGGAGCGCCCAGCGCAGCCCCAUGCACGCGGUUACAUUAUGCACCGGCUGGGUGCCAUCGACCCUGCUGCUGUGGUGUGUCCUGGAAGCUGUUGUGCCUGAUUUGCAGAGAUUCUCUCAGAGUGUGGCCAGCGGCGACCAGCAUCACAGGGUAAGAGCUUGGCUCUGAAAUCCUGAAGUCUUCCUGGUGGGCUGAAGGCUGCACGUGGGAAUCCCUCCAUUCAUUUCAGAAGCUGAACCAGUGGGCCCUGCUCACUUGCAUCCUCUGUCAUCCUCGGCCCCCAUGAUGGACGAGACAUGGGAGCCUCUGGCCAUGACUGUCCACCUCCUGGCCAACUCCGGGCAUGGCUCGCUUCUGCAGCAAACCCUGGACCAGCUCCUGGACUGCAUUUGCCCAGAGGUCCGUGUCUUUCUGGUGUCUGAGCGGGUCAGUCCAGUGAAAUACUAUGACAAAUGCCACUCCAAGCGGUCCCGCUUCCCGGGGAUGUCUGUUCUGCUCUUCCUGCACGAAAGCUUCGGAGAGGAGCGGCUGUUUCGCGUCCUUGACUCCCUACAGCAUUGGCCGUGGCAGUGCUACCCCACCCAGAAUGCGCAGGGAAGACCGUGCCCCUAUAUUCUUGCCAAUCAGGAAUUCUAUAGUCUGGACAACCAGAUGCCCAUUUGGGGCGUGAGACAGGUGCACUGUGGCACCGAGAUCCUGAGAGUGACGCUCUACUGCAGUUUUGGUAACUACGAGGAUGCCAUCAGGCUCUAUGAGAUGAUCCUGCAGAGGGAAGCCACCUUGCAGAAGAGCAGCUUCUGUUUCUUCGCGCUCUACUCCACCGAGAGCUUUGCCCUGCAGCUCUCACUGAAGCAGCUGCCCCCUGGAGUGUCGGUGGACCCCAAAGAGGCUUCAGUGUUGCAGUUCAAGGUUCAAGAGAUUGGCCAGUUAGUGCCUCUUCUACCCCAUCCGUGUGUCCCCAUCAGCCAUACCCGGUGGCAAACACAGGACUAUGACGGCAACAAGAUUCUACUUCAGGUCCAGUUGAAUCCAGGACUUGGUGUUAGGAAUGGUGAACUUGCCUUUCUGAAUGGCACCUCGGGAGCUGACACGCUUCCCCAGGGCUCCAGGCUGACCCCUGUCUCUGCGAUUAGGACCCUAGAGCCGAGAAGCCGAAGGAGCAGGGGCAGGAGGUUCAAGGUAGGGUCGGUGGAGUGGCCUGAGCCUGGUGGGCAGACAGCGUCAGACAGCGCUAGUGGCACUUCGUGGAAAAGCCCUGGCCGCUCAGCUCAGCCCAGCAGCCCAGCUACGGACUCCCAGCUGCCUCUGCCUUCUCUCCACCUCGAACCCGGGGCCAGAAUAGAGGUCCUCAGACGGGAAAACAGCUUUGAGAAGCAAGAGGCAGAGACGAAUGUUGACACAGGAUUCACCGUGGUCAGCUCUGGACCCAGGCAAUCUUUUCUGAGCAGAUUUCCAAGGGAUCUUUGGACCCACCAGCCACCAUCCUGCUUGUCAACCCCUUCCUUAGGGGCAGCUGCUUCCAAAAACAACAGAAUCUUUAAGGAAAGCGUUCAUCCUCUGUCACUUGCUGACCAAAGGGACCUUUGUUCCAGGACGAUAAUCUCAAAAUGUCCCCUUCCUCUGCCAGUCCAGGGUGAAGAAAAAGAAGCAGAAGAAGAAUUCUUUAUAUAGCAUAAAACAACUGUGGUUUUCUAAAACACAAAAUCAAAUAGAAUGUUCUAGAAAUGGAGCACUGACCCAGAAUCAGCCUGUUUCUUGUUCAUCUGAGGGGCUCUAAAUGCUAGCCAUGCACAGAUCUGUAUCACUUUUAUUUCAAAUGUUCAAAGUCUAGCAGUGCUGGUGAGUGGUUGUUUAUUUGCCGUCAUGGUCAUAAGGGAACAUAGCCAACACACAGGGAAAAAGCCCAAUGCCUCACGUCCUUGGAGACACACUAACACAGCUGGGUGUGUUGAGUUCAGUACCUAUCAGGGUAAUUGCAUUAUAUGCAAAUAAGUUGGAUGUGUUAUGCAAUGCUGAUUAGAGUCUGUAAUUUGGUUUUAAUUUUUACUUGCAUUGCAUUGUUCAUCCCCCUGGGCAGCAUGGGCUAUUUAUUCUUUAGUGUUUUUUAGUUUUUAUGUGACCUCAUUUGGUAACUAGGCCCUGUUCACCACUCACCUCUAGUGACUUUUGCCUUUAAAGUUGUUUGCAUCUGGAAUGAGUUAACAUGCAAAGUGUUUUGAACAUUACAAACAUUUCUCUUUUUCUCCUGUUUAAUGAGCAGCAACACUGGAAACCAAAAAAAUCAAGUUAAAAAUGAAAGCUGGGCUCUAGGGUUUCCGGCUCCUCCAUUUCUUGUUUGUUUCCGCACCACCCCGGUGGGGCCCGUGGUUCAUAUAAUUAAGCAGAGAGGAGUGGAACGUGAUUGGAUGAUUCGAGAUCUCCACUGAGUGUGGCAGGAAGAUUGCAUUGGUUGGGUCACUGGAGCCGGACUUGUGUUUUUUUGGCCAUGUUCAAAUUCCUGUAUUCCUUUGCAGUACUCAUUCAUUUAUUCAUUCAUUUAUACAUCCAUUCGUGCAACACAGUGUACAAAUACCUACCUUUGAAUAAGACAUUGGUAUAUGGUACACAUACAUUCUGUGGCCGUCAAACCCAAAACUUAUUUAUGGUUUCACUGUAUCACAAAUCCAUUCUAUCAAUUCUUAAGAACAGGUGGAAGUUCAAACUUAUUUCUCUGGGAAACUUUUCCACAGCUGAUUACCACACUUGCUGCACAGGCUGUGGUAAGAAUUCACAACCUGUGGACGGAGAUGGGGCAUAUUAUGAAUCGCAAUUAUAAUCAUAAUGGAUGAAUUCUUAGUUGCUCAUAUGAUGUAUUAUUUGGUUGGGUCUAUACACACAUUUCUUAAAAAUCUGAGGUCUGUGUGUUUCAGUUAAUUUACAAGGUUAUUUGACUCCAAGAACUCCAUUUUCCAGAACAGAUGUUAUGUGACUAUAAGUGCUGAUUUAGCUGGAUCUUUUGGAGACCCCUAUACUGAAUAGACCUAAUUGGAGAGAAGGACCUAAUUGGAGAGAAUAGACCUAAUUCAGGCUUAAGCAUGAAUCUCAUGGCAGCGAGACUGGACUGAGUUUGUGUGCUCUGUCCCCCUAAAAGAGUAGAAAUGGAAGAGAGCUGCAAAUGGACGAAGACAAGACUUCUAAACGGAUUUCUGUCCUUAUACUAUCAGUAUAUUCUUAACCCCAUGUUCUUUCUUUCCCUCAGAUUAAAGUUAGAUCUUAGAAUGUGGAAUGAAGAACUUACUUUUGGUAUGGUUUUCUAUAAUAAGAGUUAAAAAAAAAUGAAAGUCUUAUUUAAGUUGAAUUAUUGAGCUGCUUUGAAAAGCACAGCAGGCAGUUUUGAAGUUUCUUUCCGACUUUUUUGAGGUUAUCUAAUUCCUUUAACAUAAUACAUAGGUAGGAAUAUAAGUACAUGGAAAGCAUAAAAAAUAUUGAGGAAUUUGAAUGAGUAACUUACAAAAUUGACUUGUAAAAUAAGACUGUACUCUUUUCUUUUUUUUCUUUUUGCGGUAUGCGGGCCUCUCACUGUUGCAGCCUCUCCCGCCGUGGAGCACAGGUUCUGGAC